AUGAAGGCUGCAUCUGUUUCUCUGCUCCUUGGUGUGUGUGUGCUGCUGCUGUCUGCACUGACUGUUUCUGCAGUCUCUCUGUCUGUCAGUCCAAACCUUCAGCAGUUCUUCAGAGGAUCUUCAGUGUCUCUGAGCUGUGUUGAUGAUGGACAGACAGUUGAUGGAUGGACAGUGAAGCGGAGCAGAGAAGGACUCACUGAGGUCUGUGGAGAAGGUAAAGGGAUUGAGAGGGUUAAUGGUUCCUCCUGUGUUCUGGAUCUCUCCUUCUCCUCUAAUGGAAGUUACUUCUGUGAAAACUCUUCUGGACAGCAGAGCGAUGAAGUCUCCAUCAAUGUUUCAGAUGGUGCUCUGAUCCUGGAGAUCCCUGCACUUCCUGUGAGGACAGGAAGUGACAUCACCCUGCAUUGCAGGCAAAAGGAUGUUGACAAAGUUGUAGCUUAUUUCAGCUUUAAUGGAAGUGUUCUUGGAUCUGGUAAAUCAGAGCACACCAUCACUAACAUCCAGCAGUCUGAUGAAGGUCUCUACUCAUGUUCCACUGAUACAUUGGGAUCAUCUCCUCAGAGCUUUCUGAGGGUCAGAGCUCUUCCUCCUAAUGUACAGAGCACCACAGCCUGCACCUCUCCUGGUAUUUCUGCUCCUCCCUCUUCUCUUCCCUCCUUUCCCACAGCCUUCUCUGCUCUUUUCUCCUCCUCCAUCAUUCCAGCUGUAGCAGGUCUGGUUUCUGUGGUUCUUCUGGUUCUGGUUGGAGUUCUGUUCUUCUACAGGAAACUAAAAGGUCCUGCUGAGGUCACCUAUGGUCAGGUGGUCUUCAACAAUAAGAAGAAAGCUGGCAGGAGGACAGGUAACCAUGACAACCACUCCUGGAAAGAAACUGAGGACACACUCAGCCUGAUGGAGGAGCUUCACACCACCACGCUGAUCCACGCUCCUCCUAAACUCUGA